AUGUAUACUGCCACAACCCCCUAUACUAGAACCUCCACAAACACCGCUGUCGCUGCCCACACCACCACCAGAACCAAUUUCACCACCAACAACCAUACCACCACCACCACACAUGCUGCCUGCACCACCCAUACCACCACCAGAACUCAUUAUGCUGCCACCACCCACAGUGCCACAACCACCCACACUGCUGCCACAACCCAUAUUACUGCCACAACGCAUACUGCCAUCACCACAUAUACCGCUGCCACCAUAUAUAAAGCCACCACCACACAUACCCACCACCACCCAUAUUGUCACCACCAAGAAUACCAAUGCCACUGCCCAUACUGCCUCCACCAUCCAUACCGCUGCCACUAUCCAUAUUGCCACUACUACCCAUACCGCUGCCACAACCCCUACCACCACCACCACAAAUAUCGCCACCACCACCAAUACUGCAGCUACCACCAUACCGCCACCACCUCACACACCACUGCCACCACCCACACUGCCUUCACCACCCAUAGUGCCAUCAUCAAUACCACCUCCACCCCUACUGCUGCCACUACCCAUACUGCCAACACUACCUAUACUACUGCAACCAUGUAUAUUGCCAUUACCAUGUAUACCACCAUCACCGCCUAUACAGCCACCACCAGUCAUACUGACACCACCACUUUAUACCACCGCCACCACCAAACUGCCACCAGGACCCAUACCACUGCCACCACCAAUAUGGCAAUUACCACCCAUACCACCACUGCUGCCCACACCACUGUCUCCACCAACAUCCGCUGUUAUCCUUUACACCGCUGCCACAGCCCACAUUGCCUUCACUGCCCACACCACUGCCACCACCUAUACUGCUGCCACCGCCCAUACUGCCACCACCACUUAUACUUCCAUUACCACAGACACCGCCACCACUACCUAUACUGCCAAAACCACUCAUAG